AUGAAGCCGCAUCGAUUCGAUGGUAGCGACGCAACAAACUGGAUCUCCAGGGUUCAGUAUUAUUUUGAUCAUGUGAUGAUGCCCGAUGCCCAACGUCUUCAUUACGCAGUUAUGAUGUUCGAUCCUCCAGCGUCUGAAUGGGUAUUUAAUUACUGUGCCAAUACCGAUUUCGUCACUUGGCAGGAAUUUUUGGAGGACGUUCGUCACCGCUUCGACAGACAGAGCUUCAAAGAUUAUUUCAGGUUGAUAGCUAAGUUGACCCAGACGGGAACGGUGUUAGAGUACCAUGAUACGUUUGAAAAAUACUUAAAUCGGGUCCAGGGAGUCCCGGAGUCGAAACUUUUCACUCUGUUUGUGGCGGGUUUGACAGCGGAUAUGCAGGAGCGCCUAAAAUUACACCGCCCAUCUUCUCUGGCUGCGGCCAUGGCGUUAUCUCUGGAACUUGCUGAUACACAGUCUGAUCGUAACCUUGCGCAAUCUUCUGCGGCUUUUCCGCGCAAGCUGUGGCAGGGUUGCGAUAACUGGAUAUCGACGGCUCCAACAGGUACCCAACCGCCGACAAAUACUGUGUCCGGGGCGGGUCUCUCAUCGGGUCAAGCCCAGCGAGCGAAGGAGCAGCCGCGUCUGCCGUUGAUCAGGGUGUCGCAGGUGGAAAAAUCAGAACGUUCACGACUUGGGCUAUGUUGGCACUGCCCGAAAAAAUGGGUUAUUGGUCACGUGUGCAAGCAGCGUUUGCUCUACUACGGGGAUGAGGAUGACGCGCAGAUUGAUGAGGGGGAUGGUGAUGUUCGUGAUGAGGAGGCGAUUAGGGAGGUCGCACAUAUACACUCAUUGGAUGGGGGACGUCGGUCUAGACCGCUCAAAAUUUUAGGCCAGAUUCAGGAUCGUGAGGUCUGCAUACUUGUCGACACAAGCAGUGAUAGAGACUUCCUACAUCCGGGAUCCGUGUUCGUGGUGGACCUCCACAUCUUACCAAUUCAUGGUCUGGAUGUGAUUUUAAGAAUGGAUUGGCUAGAAUCGUUGGGCAAGAUUUCUGCAGAUUUUGCGGGCAAAACCUUGGAAUUCAUUCACGAGGGACAGUCGUUCAUCUUGAAGGGAAUCACAGUUCCCCCGCGCCGCCUCAGUGUACAUUCUCUAUUCACGCUGCAAUCAUCUUCUGUUGUGUCAACUUGUUUCGAGAUAACUCUAUGUGAGCUGGAAUCGGCGGCGACUGGGUUGGAAGCAUUUCCCGGGGAUUUUCCGGAAGGGGUAGCGGGAGUAUUGGAAGUUUUUGCAACAUUUUCAAGAUACCGACUGAAAUGCCUCCGACCCGACAAUAUGAUCACAGGAUUCAUUUGUUACCCGGGUCUAAACCGAAAGAAAGACGGGUCCUUCCGUUUCUGCAUUGAUUAUCGAGCCUUGAACAAUGCUACGGUUCCGGGCCAUUUUCCAAUUCCAACGGCGGGCGAGCUCUUUGAUGAAUUGGGAAAGGAGAGAGUAUUUUCUAAACUGGAUUUGCGGUCGGGCUAUCACCAGAUUCGGAUGCAUGAAGAGGAUGUGUUCAAGACGGCUUUCUGUACCCACGAUGGGCACUUCGAGUUCCUCGUUAUGCCUUUCAGCCUGACUAACGCGCCGUCCACUUUCCAGGCUGCCAUUAACUCUAUAUUCCAGCCUAUGCUCCGCAAGUUUGUCAUUGUAUUUUUCGACGAUAUCCUGAUUUAUAGCCCGUCCGUCAAGGAUCACGAAACGCACCUGUCGGCCGUGUUAGCUGUAUUGCAGGAGCACAGUUUCUUCAUCAAACUGUCCAAAUGCUCUUUUUGUAAUUCGAUGGUGGAAUAUCUAGGUCACCUUAUUGCUGAUGGUUUAUUGAAGGCGGAUCCUACUAAAAAUUAA